GUUGAGAACUUUCAAGUUUCCCUGCCAAGGCUAAAAUUUAUCCAGCAAGACUUUGCAACUUCUCUCCAAGAGAACUGUCACUUUCGUACAAAUUUCUUCAAACUUUUUGCUCGACGAACAAACCUAUAAACAGGGCUCAUAACAGAGGGUUAACGCGGAUUGGGUACAAGGUCGCAUCUAUUGCUAACGAUAUGUUAAGAAACACACCUAAUGUUUAUGUUUAUUAUAAGCUGAUUUCUUAAAUAAAAGGAAUUUUCGUUCAGUAGAAGUCCUCUAAAAUAUAUCUCUAUAAAAUCAAGAAUAACCUAAAUCUGAAUAAAAGUUUAACCCACUACCCUUCCAAUUGGAUGAAGUACAUAGAUGGAUUUUCGUCAACGUAAUAAGAAAUAUCUAUAGUCAUAUUGGUAUUGUCUCCAAUUUAGCAACUACCAAACUGUAGCACCGACUAAUAACACAUCGCGAGAAUAACCUGGCUUAUUAGCUAACUUGAUGCACUACGAAAUCAACAUGGAGGGGUCCUUCCGCAAUGCUAACAGUUUGUGCCGAGCAUGCCUUAAAGAGAUACAUUUAACCAAUGAUGAAUGCUUGCACAUCUUCGAAACACCGGAACUUGCAAGAAAAUUCGCGGCUUGCAUUUCAUCAGAAAUGUAUCCAAGCGAAAAAUAUUCUCAAUAUCUAUGUAUAUGUUGCUGCCAGAAAGUCAUCGAUUUUUUCAACUUUCAAGAAAUGUGUUAUGCAUCCUUGCGUCGCUUCGAAGAACUGCAGCGGUUUCAGGAGAUAUGUGGCUUUGAAGAUGAAAUUCCUAUAUCAGUUGGGUAUGGGCAGACUAGUUACUCCAUUACGGUAGAUGAAGCUAAUUUUAUGGCGGAUAAUGAUGCAGAAAUUAAACUCGCACCAAAAAGUGUUCAUAUUACUGUAGAAAAAGAUACCAAAAUAAUUAGUGAUUCCAAUCGAAAUGUUCCUAGCAGACCAAGAACACCUGACCAAUUAGCGCAAAAUAUUAAUAUAGAACAUGCGCUGGUUUCGGACGGAGAUACCUUAGACUGUGAUGUUUUAAAGGAUAGCUUCAGAAAUAAUUCAUCAUUUAAUGAAUAUAAAAAUGCUUUUCAAACUGAUGUUAACACAGGAAGGAAGGAGAAGAAAAAACUAAGUUAUGUCAAGUCAGCCGUUUCGAAAACUAGUGGCGAAACUAAGAAAAACACUAUUUAUCUAUGUGAUAUUUGCCCCUCACGUUUCAUUGUGGAACACAAACUUAUUGCCCAUAAACGUAAACAUGAAGGCCUUAUACCAUAUCCCUGCCCUCGUAAAGAUUGCAGUAAAUCAUUCAUGCGUUGGCAAAGCCUUUCUCAACAUCUUAAUCAACAUGAAGGGCAGAGUAUGGAAUACGCUUGCGAUCAAGAUGGUUGUGGCAAAGUGUAUAAACACAGAACAACACUGGUCUUGCAUCAGCGAAAAUGUCAUAAAUUGGAACCCGAAUUGAAAACACAAGUUUGUGAGAUUUGCGGUAAACUAUUUAAAACGACAUCAAAAUUAAAUGAUCACCGCUAUACACAUAAGGACCAAUCUGAGCGUCCACAUGCGUGUGAUCAGCCCAACUGCAUGCGUCGAUUUUCGAAUAAACAACAAUUGAAAAUACAUCUAAUGCGUCAUGCUGGUAUUAAAAACUAUGAGUGCCCACAUUGUGGUAUGCGUAAAACAACGAAAAACGAAUUGAAUGCACACAUAAACUAUCAUACGCUAAAGCGCACGUGGGCCUGUCUUUUUUGUACAAAGGUUUGCAACAAUGCUGGCAAUUUAAGAACGCAUGUGCGCACUGUACAUGAGCGUGCUAAAGAUUAUGCAUGUCACUAUUGUGAUCUUAGCUUCGCCAAGCCCGAUACACUUAAAUAUCAUGAAAUGAGACAUACGGGGGAGAAGCCGAAUGUAUGCCACGAGUGUGGCAAGCGGUUUACACAACCAGCAGCAUUGCGUAACCAUAUGAAAACACAUCAAAAGCAGCCUAAGCGCAAUAAAACGUCGAAGAAAUUUGCAAGAAAUGAGGUGAUGGUAAACCAUCCAGAACGGAAAGUCAAUGGUGGUAGUUCAUGUACAACAAAUAAAACGUCGAAGAAAUUUGCAAGAAAUGAGGUGAUGGUAAACCAUCCAGAACGGAAAGUCAAUGGUGGUAGUUUAUGUACAACACUCAAAAUUGAAGUAGACAAUACUCAAGAUUUGCUGAUUGAACCCGUUGUAUAAGGUCGGUGUUAUGCAGAAAUUUUGCAUAAAAAACCACAAUUAACGUGCAACUCAAUGCCAAACUUGGUGUAACCCCCUCAGAGCAAACUAAGCAGCCGCCAUUUAAUUUGCCAAACAAAAGUUUGUCUGCACAGCACCGACCUAAGAUGAGUUGUCUGAUGAUUAAAUUGUAAGAGCCGAGUUUUUCUUAAUAAAAUUUCAUUUUAUUUUCUUAAAAAAUGAUAAACUAUA